AUGUGUAUUGACGAAUCGGUGAUUCCAUUUGUUGGACGUUUGUCGUUCCGCCAAUACAUAAAAAAUAAAAGGCAUCGAUACGGCAUAAAAAUAUUUAAAUUAUGUAUAAAUGAUGGGUAUACUAUUGGAUUUAAAAUAUAUGCUGGUCAAGAAGCUAUCCCGGGAGUGGCAAUUUCAACAAAAAUUGUAAUGGAGUUAGCUGCAGAUUAUUUGGAUGAGGGAAGAACCAUGUUUACUGACAACUGGUACACAUCAGUCAGUUUAGCAAAUGAACUUUUAGGCCGAUCUACAAAUCUUGUAGGUACAUUACGUUCUAACAGGAAGUUUAACCCAAAAAACGUAAUAAAUGCUAAAUUAAAGAAAGGUGAAAUAAAAUCAAGCCAAAAUGAUAAUAAUAUCGUAGUUAUGAAGUGGAAGGACAAGCGCGAUGUACUUAUGUUGUCAACAAAACACAAAGACAAUUUAGUAGAAACAACUAACAAACGUGGUCAAAAAUUAUUCAAACCACAAAUGGUAAUGGAUUAUAAUAAGGCAAAAGGUUUUGUUGAUAUUUCUGAUUUGAGAAAUUCUUAUCAUUCACCACUUCGACGAUCUAUAAAAUGGUAUCGAAAAAUAGCAUUCGAAAUUCUACUAAAUACAAGUGUAUUAAAUGCAUUAACAUUAUUUUGCUGUGACUGGUAA